UCUACAAAAGCCAGUCGGGAGGCUGCACUUUUGAGCCAUUUUUCCAAUCAAAACAAACCAAAGCUUUGGCUAUUCUCAUUUGAAACGCUUCCAGUCGAGUUGUCCAUCCGCCGCUUCGCCAUGAAGUCCACUUUUUGUCCCGCUCGGCGCCUGGCGGCAAACUAAAAGGUUGCCGCCCCAGAUGUCGCCGCCUCAGCUGAGACUUCUGUUCAUGAACGGAGGCGGAGCUCGGCGGCCGCCGCUGGGACUGGAGGGAUGACAGGACACUAGCGGACAUGGAGACGGAGGAGGCGCCAUAUUUACUCCGCCAACGUUCUCCCACUUAAACCUCCUCAGGCACAGAGCACAUCUAUAUUUUUAUAUUUGCAUCCAGGGCUGUUUUUCCUCGCCGUCAUGGCGUCGGAGGGCUUUCAGUACCGCGCGCUGUACGACUACAAGAAGGAGCGGGAGGAGGACAUCGACCUGCACGUGGGUGACAUGCUGGUGGUGAGCAAGGGGGCGCUGCUGGUGCUGGGCUGCGGCAGCGGCGCCGAGGAGCGGCCUUCCGAGAUCGGCUGGCUGCCCGGCUUCAACGAGACCACGCAGGAAAAAGGUGACUUCCCGGGAACCUAUGUGGAGUUCGUCGGCAGGAAGAGGAUGUCUCCGCCCACGCCAAAGCCCCGCCCACCCCGGCCGGCAUCCGCCGCGUCGGUGCGGGCGGACUCCGAGUCAGAGACCGUCACGUUGCCGGACCUCCCGGAGCAGUUUGGGCCGCCUGACUCGGCCCCGCCCCUCCUCAGCAGACUGAUGGAGGCCGUCGAGACCAAAGGUGCGGACUGUCCCGGUGUGUACCGCGGCGUCAGCGCAGGAAGUCUGGACUCACGGCAGCUGGCUGACGCAGGUCUGGAGAUCGUAUGCCCGCCCCAUUACCCGCCCCCCGCCCUCGUCUGCUUUAACGUCGGCGUAUUUGUAUUUGCAGACCUGGAGCACCUGGAGGUGUCGGCGCUGUGCGACGGGGUGGUCCGCUUUCUGCAGGACCUCCCCGGACCCGUCCUCCCGCCCUCGCUGCAGGCCGACAUGAUGCACGCCGCGCAAGAGGUCCGCGACCCAGAGGAGUGCGCCCGGGUGCUUCUGGGCGUGGCCAACUCUCCAGUCUGCCCCGCCCAGUACGGCCUCACCCUGCUCAGCGUGGUCCGACACCUCGCCAGACUUUGUGUGCACGCCACCCGGAACCAGCUGAACGUCUCCAACCUCGCAGAGACCUUCAGCCCUCUUCUGUUCCGACACACGGCGACCGGGUCCGAGUCUGGCCCGGAUCCUCUCGUCCAGGCCCUGGAGGUUCUGAUCAGCAGCGAGCUCAACAUGAACCAGGCCGCUCCAGCUCUGCCUCCCAAACCCAGCAAGUCUUCCACGCCAGCCGCCUCCUGCAGCUUCAACAACAGCAUGGCGCUGCAGGACGCCGAGUGGUACUGGGGCGACAUCUCCAGGGAGGAAGUGAACGAGAAGCUGCGAGACACCGCAGACGGCACCUUCCUGGUGCGGGACGCCUCCACCAAGAUGCACGGAGAUUACACGCUGACGCUGAGGAAGGGAGGCAACAACAAACUGAUCAAGAUCUUCCACCGGGAGGGCAAGUACGGUUUCUCGGACCCGCUGACCUUCAGCUCGGUGGUGGAGCUCAUCAACCACUACCGCCACGAGUCCCUGGCACAGUACAACCCCAAGCUGGACGUCAAGCUCCUCUACCCGGUCUCCAAACACCAGCAGGACCAGGUGGUGAAGGAGGACAGCAUUGAAGCCGUGGGGAAGAAGCUCCACGAGUACCACCUGCAGUACCAGGAGAAGAACCGCGAGUACGACCGGCUCUACGAGGAGUACACCAGAACCUCUCAGGAGAUCCAGAUGAAGCGGACCGCCAUCGAGGCCUUCAACGAGACCAUCAAGAUCUUUGAGGAGCAGUGUCAGACUCAGGAGCGCUUCAGCAAGGAGUACAUCGAGAAGUUCCGCCGAGAAGGCAACGACAAGGAAAUCCAGAGGAUCGUGGAGAACUACGACAAGCUGAGGUCCCGCAUCAGCGAGAUCGUGGACAGCAAGCGCCACCUCGAGGUGGACCUGAAGAAACAGGCUGCAGACUACAGAGAGAUCGACAAGAAGAUGAACAGCAUCAAACCAGACCUCAUCCAGCUGCGCAAGACCAGAGACCAGUACCUCAUGUGGCUGACGCAGAAGGGCGUCCGUCAGAGGAAGCUGAACGAGUGGCUCGGCCUGAAGAACGAGACCACAGAAGACGAGUACAGCAUGGUGGAGGACGAGGAGGACCUUCCCCACCACGACGAGCGGCUGUGGCGGCUGGGGAACAUCAACCGCCUUCAGGCGGAGUCGCUGCUUCGUGGCAAGAAGGACGGAACCUUCCUGGUCCGGGACAGCAGCAAGCCCGGCUGCUACGCCUGCUCCGUGGUGGUGGAGGGCGAGGUGAAGCACUGCGUCAUCAACAAGACCAGCACGGGCUUUGGCUUCGCCGAGCCGUACAACCUGUACGGGUCUCUGAAGGAGCUGGUCCUGCACUACCAGCACACCUCCUUGGUCCAACACAACGACUCCCUGAACGUCACGCUGGCCUUCCCCGUCUACGGCCAGCAGAGACGCUGACCCCGCCCCCUUCUCCUCCUCUUCUCCUCCCUCCCUCACCGCCAGUCCACAGGUACUGACAGCGGGCACAUUCCAAAGACUCCGCCCCCUUCAGGUGACUCAGGUGCUGUGAUGUCAUUGAUGGCCAACAUUUCAUCGACACGCUCGGUAUUCACGCCACGCCUCCAUGCUCUUAUUUUGAAAUGUGGCUUGCGUUCCCCCCGAACCUUCUUGUCUUCACGAUCGUUAAUAAAACACUUUCUUCCUUUUA